GACAGGGGCUGGGAACACUCGACUUCCAGACUGGAUCAUGGGCUUUACUAUGUGGCUGUGUUUGCUCUGCCUGCAGGCGAGCCUGCUGUCUCAUGCGCUUGACUGCUCGGGAGGAAGCCUGGCCGACUCGUGCGUCAACACACGGACGGCUGACGAGCAGGCAAGUGAUCAGGCCCCACAGCGGCCAUUAGCUGCAAGUGAAGAACAGGUUCUAUUCAGGCAUAAGAGACAGUUGGAAAGAAGAAGCCACGCCCACCCGAGUCACGCCAACCUUCCUGGCGCUUUCACUGUAAAAGGCUUUCCAAACACUCUCAUCCAGGCUGACAGGUCCAGGCGACACUUGGCUCCAGCGGCGCAUAAGAAGAAGAACAAGCGUAAAUCCCGCGUCGGCUCCUUUUCCCUCCUUAGCAACGAUAAGAAAGCCAACCCCCUACAGGUGAUCAGAGCGAGAAGACAGUUGAAGAACGAGCAGCCCAAGUCCGGUCGCACUGGGACUUUCUCUGUCCUGGGAGAUCGUCAGAACAGAAUGGAAGAGCCAAAAGAAGCAUAAAGACGAGAAUAGAAUAGUGCUAUGUUGUUAUGGUGGUUGAGUCAGCAUACAUAGGAAAAGAUCUUAGAAAGAAACCAAUCACAAAGCUACAAGCAGAAAUUUGCUUUGUGUGUCCAUCAUGAUCGUUUCAACUCUAAAAUAGUCGAUUGAUCCGUUAGCAAUGAUAUGCUAAUCUAAUAUGUAUAUGCAUGAGGCAUUUUUGUUCAUGACUAUUAUAUUUUAUCAGAUAUUGAGGGCUAUAUUUUUGCAGAAAUGUUAUGUUAUUGUGAGUUUUCAAUAAAGAUUUAGUUGGGGGGGAAAAAAAAAUGUG